AUGAUUACCAUCAUCUUGCUUGCAGUUACAGUGUCAUCGGUCUUUUCUAAGGGUAAGAGUACCUCUGUUUGUAAUUAAAACAUCUGUUUUCUAGUUGAACAUUGCUAUGUGUGCCACUACGGAAGCGAAAAAGAAGCUAUGGCUCUGCAGAAACUGAUGCGCGGAAGCAAUCCAGAACUGGCGGAAUACGAAGACAAGGAUUGUGGUAAGCCAACUGGAGUGGUCGAAAGAUGCCCUCACAUAUGUGCUACUGGUACAGUAGAAGAUGAACAAGGGAAUCGAGUCGCAGUUGCCAGUGGCUGUUUCGAUGGAGACACGGUAAGGGAUAAAGUUAUUUUACGGGGAGAAAUACUCGAUAACUGAUCGCAAUUUUGAUGACAUUUGAUGAAAAAUUGCACCACCAAAUAGUUAAUAGUAGAAUAAGUAAUAUUUCCACGUUAUAAAAGUAAUUUUGCAGGCGUUCCCUAAAGAAAUUGACGGCAAAAAGGCAAAGUUCCAUGUUUGCGUACAAGAUUUCUGUAACGACAACAAGAGUAAGUAGCCUUCAAUUUUCACCUUACUAUCAAACUAUUCUUUUAACUCGUAUUUUAGAGAAAUUAAGAACCAACAAGACCAGCAAAGAUAGUAAGCCAAAGAAAUCCUCGGACGAUGAAGAUUCAUCCGACGAAAAGGUUACUACUCCUUCCAUCAUACCUCUGACCAACACUACUGCUAAUUCCGUUAAGUUAUCAGCUAAGAAUGAGAUUACAGUUGAUGCUUUGACCACAAAAUCCAAGCCAGUGAAAGCCUUGGAUCCCACAACCAAAAAACGUGUUUUGAAGAGAACGACCAGAAGUGCCAGAGUUGCCAAAGACACAUAUGCCAAGCCAAUUCCUCCGGCUGAUGACUGCACGACAACCACUCCCAAGCCAAAGUCAGCCGCUGCGAUCUUCAGUGGAAUCAAAAUUAUCACACUCUGCGCUUUCUUGAGAGUUUUGUAUUAA